GGACCUGAGCAAUGGGUAAGGAGGGUAGCCGCAAUGUUGUUUCUGUGUGUAGAUAGCACAUAGUUUUACCUUAUUUGAUUGCUGAGUGAAAUGGUUUCUAAAGAAGAGGCAUUUAAAUAGAUACAAACUACAUGAGCUUCCCUGGGAAUCUGCUCUUAACAUGGAUUCUUCUCUAAAAUAAACAACCUAUAAGAAAACACUGGGUUGUCGCAGUGUCAGCAAACGAAAACCGAACAAAAUCACCCCACUUUAUUUCAUAGGGCCUCAACUAAAACCACCAAACCAAAGGGAAUUUAUAAAACUUAUCAUCCACUCUGCGUUCCAGUCCUUGCGGUAUCCACUGGACCUGGAAGCUUCAAACGCGUCCUUAACAUGUCUUUAGAACAAGAUGUUGAUUUAAUGUGCCCUGGAUUAUACUGUGGAAAAAUAGAAAGCAGAAAUGAUAGUCAAACAAUGUAUGGAGACUGUGGGGUAUGCCCAAGAGGGGAAAGAACAAAUGCUCUGAAAAUUUGUCGUAAAUGUGAGGACUCACCAGAGCUAUAUGACUGGCUGUAUCUUGGCUUCAUGGCAAUGCUACCUUUGGUUUUGCAUUGGUUCUUUAUUGAAUGGUAUUCAGGCAAAAAGAGUUCCAGUGCACUUUUUCAGCAUGUGACUGCAUUAUUGGAAUGUACUGUUGCAGCUAUUGUUACAUUGUUGGUGAAUGAUCCAAUAGGACAGCUAAAAAUCCGGUCCUGCCGUGUGAAGAUGCUUUCAGAUUGGUAUACAAUGCUUUAUAAUCCAAGUCCAGAUUAUAUCAACACAUUGCACUGUACACAGGAAGCUGUAUUCCCUUUAUACACUAUCAUCUUCAUAUACUACGCCUUUUGCCUGGUUUUUAUGAUGCUGCUUCGACCACUCCUGGUUAAAAAGAUUGCCUGUGGUCUUGGAAAAUCUGAUCGAUUUAAAAGUAUUUAUGCAGCCCUAUACUUUUUCCCUAUUCUUACGGUGCUUCAGGCAGUUGGAGCAGGCCUACUUUUCUUGUCCUUGGUAACUUUGGCAGUAUACAUGUCUGCUUCAGAAAUACAGACACACAAGGAUCUGAUCACCAAAAAGAAGAGGCUGGUUGUCCUGUUCAGCCAUUGGAUGUUGCAUGCCUAUGGAAUAAUCUCAAUUUCCAGAUUAGAUAAACUAGACCAAGAUCUGCCUCUGCUGGCUUUAGUGCCCACUCCAGCACUUUUCUACCUGUUGACUGCUAAAUAUACAGAGCCUUCGAGGAUAUUGUCAGAAGGUGGCAAUGGACAUUGAGAAAGGGGAUGUUAUAGAAAUGCAGACAGAUCAGAACAAUGGAUGUUUUAAACAGAUAAUUCUAGCAGCCUGAGAAGAAAUAUCAAUGUAAUUACUGUCAAAACUACCUUCAAAACUACUUUCUUUGUUCAGUUGAUGUACUGUUUGCUUUAUAAGUAUGAAUAUUGUAAUGUUUUAUUUACACGCUUUGACAAAAUAACAUUAAAAUGCAUAAAAGAAAUUUUAUUUAAGUAAGUUGAAUACAUCUCACAUAGCCGCUAUGGAUAAUACAAAUGUAAAUUGCAGCUUCUUUGUUAUCCUGUGUGGGGAAAAUAUAAAUGGUGAAGGUUUGAAAGAUUUAUGUAAAAGCAGUAUCGUAGCUUCUCUUUGUACUUAUGCAGCUGUCCAAAUUCAAUCAAUAUUUUUCUUUUCCACUACUGAUUUUACCAUUGUAUUUCUGAAUUUUUGCAAUUGCCAAUGCUUCUAAAGAUUUCCUUGACCUCAGGAAAAAGACUGUUAGUCAAUUCUCCCAUAAUGAACAAUAGGCUGUUUUUUUCAGAAGGGCAGUACAUUCAACAUGCUGAUUGGUAGAAAGUUGGAAGAAACUGUCUAAAUUGAAGAUUGAUUCUGAUUUUCUUUCAGGAGCUCUCCACAGUUUUAAGAAAUUAGAUGAAGAUAAAAAAUAAGUUACCACAA